CUAUGGCGAAGGCAUAAACAAACAGCGCAAUGGGUAGGAAAGCAGCAGUAACGGUGAACACAUCUCUCCGUUAGUGACUAACACCAGUGACAAAAUAGUCCAGUGACUGGUGAACGAUAGGGUGUGCUCUCGGUUUUUAUUGGUGUGUAUGUGGCGGGGACACGGAUGCUGUCAGUGCGAAUAGCGAUGAAAAGAGCGAAAAUAGUUUCAACACUGAACGCCUCAGUUGGAGCAGCCGGUGAUACGGGCUAACCGUUACUGGACUCCGGACACCUUCUUCUCGUUCUAACGGCUAAUAAAUGGACAGAGGAAAACAUCGAGGUCAACUGUCGUGGAAAAAAAUGUUGACAGGAUCUAAAACAACGUUCAAAGUGAGGCAAAUGCUCCCAGAUAUCAAGGAGAGGAUGCUGAGUCAGAGUGGGGUGAAUGCGAGGAGCAGAGAUGUGUUCGGGCUGCGCUGUCUACCAGGCGAGUGUGUUCUUCAGAGAGCUGUUAUGGUGAGGAAGAAGCUGACUGCCAGGGAGGGGAGAGGCUGGGUGUCUGGGACCCUCUUCUGUACCCACUUCAGGGUGGCCUUUGUGCCUCAGGACAGUCCCAAACCUGAUGACAAUGCAGACCCAGUGCUUUUAGGGGAUCAUGAUGUGGCUUUGGCAUCCAUAGAGAAGGUUGUGGUUGUGGGCCCGAACAGGACCAAGCUUGUCACGCCUAACUCCUCUCUGAAGUUCACUCCUGAGGAGCUGGUGCUUUACUGCAGGGACCUGCGAGUCAUUUGCUUCUUGUUUGACCGCCUCACUCCUGACCCACAAGUCCUAGAGAUAACUUACACCAUCGCCAAGACCUACCAGCCUCUCAAACCAGGGUCAGUGUUAUCUUUCCAGAACGCUGCUCUAGGGAGUGUAGAAAUGAAGCAGUUUCUUAGCAACCGUCCCCGAAAUGCCCACAUGAACUGGUUUGAGUCUGUAUCAGACUGGGAGCAAGAGCUGGAGAGGUGCGGGACCACAGGCUGGAGGGUCAGCUCAGUCAAUGACCGCUUUGAGAUGUCCACCAGCCUUCCUCGGUUCAUUGUGGUUCCCCAGAAGGUUUUAGACACCGAGCUGAAGAAAAGCUUUGCCCACUUCAAUGAAGGCCGUAUUCCUCGCUGGUGUUGGCGACACCCCCGAGGCAGCGAUCUGCUGCGGAUGGCCAGCUUCCAGAACAACAUCUACCAUGAGAAAGAUGACAUCAGAAACCUGGAGAUGAUCCUGUUUGGUUGUCAGUCCUCUCUGUGUGUGGUGGUGGAGCUGGGCGAGGAGCUGCCUUCACCUGCAGACAUCCAGCUGGCACACAGCCGCCUGAGGGCUCUCUGUCUGGGCGACAUCUCCACAUCUGUGUCAGUACCUGAUGACAAAUGGUUAUCUACGCUGGAAAGUACACACUGGCUAGACUACACCAGGUCUUGUCUGAGGAAAGCUUCAGAGGUAGCCUGCCUCCUACGCGGUGGUCACCUGACUGUUGCACUGCAAGAGGCAGACGACCGGGACAUGAGCUGUGUGAUCUCCAGCCUGGUGCAGGUGAUGUGUGACCCUCACUGUCGGACCCAGCAUGGCUUCCAGGGUCUGGUACAGAAGGAAUGGAUAAUGGCCGGCCAUCGCUUCUACAGCAGAAUUAACUAUCACAGAGACAAUGAUAAGGAGGAGGCUCCAAUCUUCCUGCUCUUCCUGGACUGCGUUUGGCAGCUGCUGUCCCAGUAUCCCUGUCGCUUCCAGCUGACAGACGACUUCCUGCUGGCCCUGCACGACAGCGUCCACCUGCCACUCUUCUCCAGCUUCCUGGCCAACUGCCAGCGUGAGAGAUGCAAACGCUCCCAGAACCUUGGGCAGUCUUACACACCUGUCAACGGCUGGAGAGAUGUGCUUCAUCCAGAUUCUUCUUCAGAUCCAUCUGACCCCCCUCUCCCCCCUGUCUGGGAUUGGGCCCUGCAAUACAGCAAGCCGAGAAGAGACCGCUUCACCCAGCCUGUCCCCCCAACUCCUCCUCUCCAACCACUGAUCAAUGGCAACCUCAACACCAACCCAGACACUCAUCGGCUUGCUGACACCAUCCCUGGAUCGGUCUUCCUCUUCUCUCGAGGAACUUUCUCCUGCCCUGCUAACCUUCUUCCCUGGCGCAGCAGCGGUACAUCCGGCGUUUACAAGAAGAGCCAUCGGAGAGCGGCGUCCUCUGAGAACGUGCCUGGUCUAGAGAGGCUACUCAAAGCCUGGGCCCUGACCGACAUUCCCCAAGGUUUCACUUCCAGCUCCAGACCUCAGGGACCACUUGACCCCUAUGAGCCCCUGCUGCCUCUCCUCAUGGGGCCCUGCAUGGGCCUGUGGAGGGAGUGCUACCUCCGGGGGGCGCUCCAUGCACAGGCGUUCUCCCACCCCAUCUCUGCAAACCACCUCCACCCUGUGGAGCGUCUGGCCCACGAGGUUCAGCAGCUCAAAGACAAACUCGCGGAAAUCUCCUCUGGCACAGAUUCAAACCUGACCACCAAGAUAACAGACACCAACCUGAACCAAAACACCAACAACGGCACCUUCCUCUUCCCUGCACCAAGGCCUCAGAGCGCCACCAUGCCCCGAUCAGCACCCCCUACUACCUCCUCUAACCACCACACCUCCAGGGGCGCGCCGCCCUCCUCGGCUCCACCAACAAGCAACAAGCACACCUUCCUGUUUGGGCACACGUCUGUCGCAGAGGCCCGGCCUGACCAGCGUUAUUACUCAGCACCCAGCAACGCCAAGCUGCCUAAAAACAACGGGUCCUCCAUUGCUUCCUGAGGUCUGCUACUCGUCUUUACUGUUCUAGUACAACUCAGACGCUCCAUCCUUUAACCUGGGUACUAAACACCAACACCUGCCUGAACAGUCGGAACCCUCACUGGUGUUAUGAACUGAGCAGAGCCAUCUUCAUAUCAGGCUUGACAUGAUGAAACUUUAAAAUGAACUGCAGCAGUGUAAAAUAAUCAGUGCAGGAGCUCUCAGCUCUAAUAUUUAUCAUCUGUACUGUAUUUAAAAAUGUGACAACUGUUUUGUAUAUUUGUAAAGAAAAUCAAAGUAUUCAAUAUGCCGCUAAUGAAAUAUAUCAAAGACUAAAAGUAAAGGGCUGAUAAUGCUUAAUAAUAUAAACCAAUAAGACCUACAGUAUCUUAAAAUGCAGUAGACUUGUUAUAGAAAUGUCACAUCACCCUUUAAGAUGGAAAAAAGCUUGAAGUUUCCAUUUUUAGCUUCUUAUCCGGUGCAGGACUAAGACAGUGUUUUGAUAACGUGGUUCUUAAGAGCACUUUGACAGAGAACACAGCAGCAGACCAACACAUAUCUGCCCUGACCUCUGAUUUUGUCAGGCUACAUAUCUCUACAAGACUUUCUUAUCCUAAAAACCCUUUAGAUGUUUAUUAUGUAAUGCUAAUGUGCAAAAAGACGGAUUCACUUUGUUUUGUAUCUCAGCUUCAAAUAGAAAAGUAGAAUAAUGUUUGGACAAUGCUAAUUUUCCAAAAGUGUCAUUUUUGAACUCCCAGCUCUGACCAGUGGCUUUAUUUUUGAAUUUAGGGCAUGAGAGCUAUUUUGGUACUGCACUCAUAUCUCUGUACUCACAUGCAUGAUGGGAGCAGCGAGAGACCCAUAUUCAGUUCAGUUCAGAGUGUUACGUUAGCCUGUACAUGUGUGGAUGUGACAGAGCGAUCAUGUCAGGGCUUUAGUAUUAUAAUCUUAUCUAAGCUUCCUUUUUAUUUUGAGUAUUUUUGACCAUCAGUGGUCAUAUUUGAUGUCAUAUGUGUAGAUAAAUGUGAUUUUUGAAAUGUUUCAGACCAAAUUUAGUAUUAUUUUCCACAUUAUUUAUGGUGGAAUUAAAAUAUGAGAUAUGUUUGUUGUUGUACCAGUGUUGAAAGCAAAGGGAAGCUUAUUUUUCCUUUAAUCGUUCCUUCCCCCCCCCCCCUGCUGCUGGUGCUGUGUUAGUAUGCAGCCAGUAUUUAGGUCAAGGACUUGGAAGUGUCUGACUGUAUUUAAAACACAAAGGGAAGAAUCUGCUCCUGCGCCUUUAAAUCCAAACAGGUUGUCGUCGGCAUGAUGUGGGUGUCAAGUGGAUUUGCUGGCAUCAUUCCCUCAAACGGAUGAAAACUGCACCGUUAUGAAAUUGUGUUUAUUUGGGGGGGAUACAGUUAUGUUUUUAAAGCUAACCCUCUCUCAUGUCAAAAGGUACCUCACUUGAUAGCACUAUGAAUUAUUAAUUGUUGUAAAUAUUCAUUGCAUUAAUUAUUAUCAAGAUGUCAGCUACAAUUUCAGAGCUUUCCAGGUGUGAUGCCAAUGCAUUUGUUUAUCCUCCAUGGAAAUAAAACACAAUCUCAAAGUUUUCCUGUUACAUUAAACAUCUAAUUUGAUCUUCCUCUGCACCCGUCGGUGUCUACCUUUGUAUUAUUUAAUGUUUUUGGUACGAACGUUGCUUCAUUUGCCAGAUGUACAUAUUUUUUGUAUCAGCAUGUUUUGAUCCUGAUGAAUAAAAAGUGUUAUCACUUCAUGCUCAA